AUGGUUUCUCAAGACCAAAGUAAGUACUCUGGCUCCAAAAAAAAUGGAGGUAAGGAGCUUGGAAUGGUAACUCCUCAAGACAAGCCCUUGAAGAAGAUGAAGUUUGUUUCAUCUGCUGAGAAAGAACCAAGCAGCACGACAACAAUUUCUGAGGAUUCAAAGUCAGGUCGAGGUAUGAGCACAAUGCCUCGUGUUGUGAAGAGAAAAUUGCAGAAAAUCAAGCCAGUUGUUGAGUACAAUAAAGGGGGAAAGGAUGUGGCCCUGCACAUACUGAGAUGCAGUCCUACAUUGGUGUGUUGGCACGCUCCAGAGUCCCACUUGUGGACAAGAAAUGGGCUGAAAUCCCCAAUGAUAUAA